ACUUCGUGGAUUGGAAAAAAAAAAAUCUCACACAUUCACCCAAAAAAGCAGAGUAGAGGAACUUUAGUGCGAAAAUGGCAUUCAGACGGAGAAACAAGAGCUACCCGUUCUUCAGUCAGGAGUUUCUCAUACAGAACCACGCCGACAUCGUGUUCACUUUGGUCAUCUUUAUCCUGAUCGGGCUGAUGUUUGAGGCCACUGCCAAGACAGCCAUCCUGUUCAUCCAGCCUCAGUACAACGUCACCACACUAUCACCAGAGGGGGAGGUGACUCUUUACCACUACGGCUGGAAGGACGCAGCCACAGUGCUCUUCUACUUCUUCAUCGUCAUCAUCCUCCAUGCAGUGGUCCAGGAGUACCUGCUGGAUAAAGUGAACCGGCGCCUCCAUCUGUCCAAAAGUAAAAACACCAAGUUCAACGAGUCGGGUCAACUGUGCGUGUUUCACCUGGUGUCCAGCGUGUGGAGCCUCUACGUCCUCCUCACGGAGGGUUAUCUGUUACACCCGAGCAGUCUGUGGGAAAACUAUCCUCACGUACAUUUAAGGUUCCAGGUGAAGUUCUUCUACCUGACUCAGUUGGCGUACUGGCUCCACGCGCUGCCAGAGCUUUACUUCCAGAAGGUCCGCAAGGAGGAGAUCCCCCGGCAGCUGCAGUACAUCAGCCUCUACCUGCUCCACAUCGCAGCUGCUUAUUUGUUAAAUCUGAGCCGUGUGGGCGUGGUGCUGCUCUUCCUCCAGUACACGUCGGAGCUGGCCUUCCACAUCGCCAGGCUCUUCUACUUCACCGACGAGAACCACCACAAAAUGUUCGACUUGUGGGCGGUGAGUUUUGUGUUUACGCGGAUGUCCACCCUGACCCUCAUGUUCCUGGCUGUGGGCUUUGGUCUGGCCCGCUCCGAAAACCAGGCCCUGGACUGGGACUCCGGGAACUUCAACACCGUCCUCAUAAGGAUGACGGUGCUGCUGCUGGUGUGUCUCACUCAGUCGUGGCUCCUGUGGAAGUUUAUCCGCUUCCAGCUGCGUCGAUGGAGAGAAUUCCGACACGAACAGGCGCUGCGUAAGAAAACGGCGGCCAAGCAAGCCCUGCGUCCGCUCAAGAGGGACUCCUUGAGCCACCACGAAAACGGCGUCCUCAAAGCGGAAAACGGAGCCUCGCCUCGGACCAAAAAACUCAAAUCCCCCUGAAGAGCGCCCCCUCAUGGACUCCACCUGACCCCGGGACUGUCCGAGCUGCGGUUCUCCAUCAGGCCAGCGGUGGGGGGGGAGGGGAGCCUGGACCUGGCGUUGAGAAGCCAGCGCCUGCUCCAGCGUCCUGGGUCAAAGCCGCCGCCGCCGCAGGCCCGACGCGCUCCCCGCCGCACAUCGCACAGACAUCUCAUUUAUCAGUAUUCUCCAAGAGGAGCGCCAGUCUAUGAACUAUAUGAACUCUGAAUGUGAUCCAAACUCCCACCGCGUAAAGGAUCAACUACAGUACUGAAGGUCACAUGACUUGAAUUCAGAUUUAUCGAGUACUUUAGUUUAGUUUCGUCCGCUUUUCUUCAUUUCAUUAUAUUCAUGGAUUUCAGGUACUGUUCUGGAGCUUUCUCCCGUGUUCUAACGUUGUUCCCUCAUCAAAAACACGCCUGAAGAGCUUUUAGACGUCAUCCAUGCAUGUUUUGAGUAAUUUAGCGAUCUCUCCCGGGCCAUAUUCAAACCCCUCCUCGUGAUUUGCUGUAAGAUUGGACGUCACCCUCGCUCCCACACGACAAUUCUCCAUAAAUAUACAAAAACAGGAUAUAAAACAACGCAGUAGAACUCGACAAACGUGAUGUGAUGUGCUGUAUUUUCGUAGACGUUUUUCACGACAGCUGGAAGUGUCGCGAUGUACGGUAAACGAAACUCCCGGUUGAUGCUUUUCUCUCGCAAAAUAUCUGUGGAAAUGUCUCGUGUAUUUUCCACCAGCUUCAUAAAUCUGUCCCAUCGCCAAAUCUUCAACCAACAAGAUCGACAAAGGACAAAAGAAUAUUCUGUCCAUGA